AUGGACUUAUUCUACGAAGGCCCAUCGAGUAGUCUUCUUCUCCAAAACAAAACCCGCCUCUGUUCCUGUGAUUGUCUCUCUGCUUCCUCCUCCAAGUGUCUCUCAACCGUACCGCUCAUCUUCCCGACACCGAGACAGUGGAAGGACUUGAUCAAACUCGCCAUUGUUUUGAGCAUUGAUUUCUUCAAAAAUGUCGGAAAAGUUGUUCGUGUUCAAUUUAUUGUAAACCACGAGGGUAAGCAUGCAGGCUAUGGCUUUGUUCAGUUUGCUUCUUCUAACCAAGCAAAGAAGGCGCUGCAAAAGAAGAACGGUGAAUUUUUGCACGAUCAUAAGAUUGUUCUUCGAAAGACUAUUAAGAUAGCUCCUCCACCCAAGUACGAAGAAGACUACAUUGGGCGAGAAAGCCUUCUGAUAGAAGAAGAUGAGGCAGUGGAAGGACUUGACGAAACUCUUGAGUACUCUUUGUCGCCAAUCUCUCUCCCUAAACUGAAAUAUUACAUAUAUGCUGGAGAAGUUGUUCGUGUUCGACUUAUUGUAAACCAAGAGGGUAAACAUGUGGGCUAUGGCUUUGUUGAGUUUGCUUCUGCUAAGGAAGCAAUGAAGGCACUGCAAACGAAGAACGGGGAAUAUUUGCACGAUCAUAAGAUUUUUCUUGAUGUGGCUAAGACAGCUCCAUACCCUCCACGGCCCAAUUACGAAGACUACAUUCGACGAGAAAGCUUUCUGAUAAAAGAAGAUGAGACAGUGGAAGGACUUGAUGAAACUCCUGAUUUUGUUGAGGUUGUUGCCGUACGAAAAAAGACGCUCUAUGUUGCGAAUCUCCCUUGCGAAAUGGAAAUAUCAGAUAUAAUCAAUUUCUUUAAAGAUGUUGGAGAAGUUGUUCAUGUUCGACGUUUGUUAACCUCCAAGGGCAAGUAUGCCGGCUUUGGCUUUGUUGAGUUUGCUUCUGCUAAGGAAGCAAAGAAGGCGCUGCGAAAGAAGAACGGUGAAUAUUUGCACGAUCAUAAGAUUAAACUUGAAAAGGCUAACAAGAUAGCUCCGCCACCCAAGUACGAAGACUACCUUCGACGAGAAGGCCUUCUGAUAAAAGAAGAUGAGGCAGUGGAAGGACUUGAUGAAACUCACGAUUUUGUUGAGGCAGGUUCCGUAAGAAAAAGGACGCUCUUUGUUACCAAUCUCCCGUACAAUACUGAAAUAUCAAAUAUCAUCCAUUUUUUCAAAGAUGUUGGAGAAGUUGUUCAUAUUCGACUUAUUGUAAACGACAUGGAAUUUCAUGAGGGUUGUUGCUUUGUUGAGUUUGCUUCUGCUAACGAAGCAGAGAAGGCGCUGGAAAAGAAGAAUUGUAAACGCAAUCGUAAGAUAUUUCUUGACGUGACUAAGACAGCUCCAUACCCUCUCCAACCCAAGUACGAAGACUACCUUCCACGAGAAAGCCUUCUGAUAGAAGAAGAUGAGGCAGUGGAAGGACUUGACGAAACUCCCGAUUUUGUUGAGGCAGUUCCUAUAAGAGAAGCGACGCUCUAUAUCGCCAAUCUCCCUUUCGGAACUGAAAUAUCAGAUGUCAUCGAUUUCUUUGAAGGUGUUGGAGAAGUUGUUCAUGUUCGGCUUAUUGUAAACAGCAAAGUCGAGCAUGUGGGCUAUGGCUUUGUUGAGUUUGCUUCUGCUAACGAAGCAAUGAAGGCACUGCAAACGAAGCACGGUGAAUACAUGGACAAUCGUGAUAUUGUUCUUGAAAAGGCUAAUGAGAUAGCUCCUACAAACAAAAGACUAACUAACGCUAUUGUUUUUGUGUUGAUUAGUUUGUAUCGAGAAGACUACCUUCUGAAGAAACCUAAGAUGGAGACCGAACCGAUUCUGAAGAGACCUAAGAUGGAGGAAUUUUGCGGUAAGAGGAUUAUCUUCUCUUACGACGACGAGUGA